CCCAUCGCCUGGACGAUGAAACUCCACGGGACCGACAUCACCGUCCGCCACGCCAUAAUCGACGCCCUCUCCACCAGCUACGCCUCCUUCCCCUUCAACACAGACGGCUUCGACGUCCAAGGCACCCACAUCAGCAUAACAAACAGCACCUUCCACAACGGCGACGACGCCAUCGCCAUCGGCUCCCCCUCCCACGACAUCCUCUUCGCGCACAACUCCCUCGGCUACGAAACCCACGGCAUGAGCAUCGGCUCCCUCGGCAAAGACCCCUCGUCCCCAGCAAACAUCUCCAACCUCCUCUUCACCGACGUCACCGUCGCCGGCGGCCUCUACGCAGCCCGCUUCAAGUCCUGGUCCGGCGGCCAAGGCCUCGUCCGCAACGUCACAUGGCAGAACAUCCGCGUGCACAACGUGUCUUUCCCCAUCUUCGUCACCCAGAGCUACACGGACCAGAACGCCGAGCGGCCCCCGCCACCGGACCCUUCUUCCGCAGUCAUGAUGGAAGACUUCACCUGGUCUGGCUUUACCGGCGAUAUUAACUCUUUCAAUCCGGGGGACGGGUCCUGCGUGACGGACCCCUGCUGGUAUGACGUCGGCUUGCCGAAUCUGAACCAUACAGAGGCGGUUAUCAUACAGUGUCAUACGGAGAGGUCUUGUCGGAAUUUCGUGACGGAGGGUAUUCGCCUGCGGCCGCAGAACCGGGAGCCGGCUGCUGUUGUUUGUUUGAAUGCGACGGAGGGGCUGAAUCCGGAUUUGGGGUUUGAUUGUAGGAAUGGGACGUUUGUUGAGACGUCUGUUUAGUAUAGGUGUGUAUCCCUGAGUAGGGAGGGAUACUUUGUUGGACGAGUUGAUA